CCGGUUCCGGUUCAUCCUCUUACUUACUUGGUCGGUCGUCCCUGCCCCUCACGAGGAACCGUGGCUGCGUCUGCUGCUGCUGGAAGAAACAAACAAAACACACUCACACACACACACACACGGUUCCGGGGUUUCCAGCCGGCUGCAACGUUUUUUUUUUAACGUUUUGUUUUUGAGUGUUUGACCGACGGAGGGAAAGAAACGCAGCGAUGGAUCCGCUGGUUGCUGCUAUCGAUCAGGGCACGAGCUCGACGAGGUUUCUGGUGUUCAACGCUAAAACAGCCGAAAUGAUCAGUCACCACCAAGUAGAGAUCAACCAAAGCUUCCCAAAGGAAGGCUGGGUGGAGGAGGACCCAAAGGAGAUAAUGCAGUCUGUCUAUGAGUGCAUGGAGAGAACUUGUGAGAAACUCUGCCAGCUCAACAUCGAUAUCUCCAACAUUAAAGCGGUGGGGGUGACCAAUCAGAGAGAGACGACCCUAGUUUGGGACAAAGAGACCGGAGAGCCACUCUACAACGCUAUUGUUUGGUUGGACCUGCGCACUCAGUCAACAGUGGAGAGGCUCAUCAACAAAACUCCAGGCAGAAACAAGAACCAUCUCAAGCAUAAGACAGGUCUUCCCAUCAGCACCUACUUCAGUGCAGUGAAGCUGCGUUGGCUGCUGGACAAUGUGGACGAGGUGCGACAGGCAGUGCUGAGCGAGCGCGCCAUGUUCGGCACAGUGGACUCGUGGAUCAUCUGGUGCCUGACUGGGGGCAGGAAUGGAGGGGUCCACUGUACAGAUGUCUCAAAUGCCAGUCGCACCAUGCUCUUCAACAUUCACACCAUGGACUGGGAUCCUGAACUCUGCAGGUACUUCGAUGCCCCAAUGGAAAUCCUCCCUAAAGUCAGAAGCUCCUCUGAAAUAUACGGUUGGAUGAAAUCUGGAUCUCUUGCAGGAGUUCCCAUCUCAGGGUGUCUUGGCGACCAGUCAGCUGCUCUGGUUGGUCAGAUGUGCUUCAAAGAAGGCCAGGCCAAGAACACGUACGGAACCGGUUGCUUCCUGCUCAGAAAUACAGGGACCAAGCCUGUUAUGUCAGACCACGGCCUGCUGACCACAGUUGCAUACAAACUGGGAAAAGACCAGCCUGCCUCCUACGCUCUAGAGGGUUCGGUGGCCAUCGCAGGGGCAGUGGUGCGAUGGCUGAAGGACAACAUGGGCAUCGUGCAGUCUUCCUCAGAGAUUGAGAAGCUAGCUGCUGCAGCAGGCACGUCUUACGGCUGUUACUUUGUGCCGGCUUUCUCUGGACUCUACGCCCCCUACUGGGAGCCCAGCGCCAGAGGCAUCAUCUGUGGACUCACACAGUUCACCAACAGGAACCACUUGGCUUUUGCUGCUCUGGAGGCCGUUUGCUUCCAGACCAGAGAGAUCCUCGAUGCUAUGAACCUGGACAGCGGCGUCCCUCUGACUCAGCUGCAGGUGGACGGAGGCAUGACGUCCAACAGAUUACUGAUGCAGCUGCAGGCUGACAUCCUCUGCAUGCCCGUAGUGCGACCCGACAUGUCUGAGACCACGGCUCUCGGUGCGGCGAUGGCAGCUGGGGCCGCUGAGGGCGUAGGCGUGUGGAACCUGAGUCCCGAUCACCUCCCACACAUCACAUCUGUGAAAUACGAGCCUCAGAUUCACAGCGACGAGAGCGAGUUCCGCUUCGCUCGCUGGAAGAAGGCCGUCCAGAAAGCCAUGAACUGGGAGACCACGGAGCCCUGCUGCAAUGCAAACGGUUUAGGGAAGAAGAUGAACGGCAGCCCCUGGGGGGUCCCUCCCACCCCUCCCCCCACCAGAGUAGACCCCUAAGAUCAGGAACAAACUGACUGAGGUACGAAACCCUCUUGGAAGACUACUGCGGAGGAAGACCGGAAGAUGAAACGUGCUCACAGUGAAUAUAAAUAUAUAUACAGGACUUUACGGCUGCUGGAUGCGGUCGUUUUGAGUGAUAUGUAGCCCUGCUAGAAGUAGCGUCCAAAUGAAUGUAGAGUUUUAUCAUCAACCUCAAGUGCCAACCGGAGAGAAGACUGAGGAGCUUUUUUGAAGAAACAGAACUGUUGCGAUUUCUUUCGUCUUCCUUUUCUGAAAAAAAGGGAAAAGUGUUCUUAGCAAUCCUGUAAAAACUAUGAAUUUGCCUUCUAUUUGUAAGGAAAGCAGCUGUUCAUAGUCUGAAGUGUCACUAUAAUGUACCUCAACACUGUAACAAAAAGGGGAUACUGUACUGUUUUUUCUUUUUUACCAUUUGCUCUGUAAAUAGUGCUAAUUUGUACGUUUUUUUUCUUCUAAACUUUGAGAUGUACUAAAAUCCAAACACUCAACUGAUGUUACAAAUGUGGAGUGGGAUUAAUUCACUUCUUGAAAACAGUUACUGCUCGUCCUCUUUUAGGAGAGAAAAAAAAAAUACUUUGACAAAUCAUUUAACUGGAUCUUUACAAUCAGAGUCAACUUGUGUGUGGAAAUAGUGGUGAUAGUCGUGACUGCAAUAUAAAACCUCAUGUCAAACUGUGCAGGCUCAUCACAGCACUUUAUAAUUUAUCCUGUGUGUGGAGAGUAUGAUUAUGAGAGCCUUGCAUGUUUUUUUUUUUU